AUGCUCAAGUGCAACACGGAAGAGGAUCGCACGAUAACGUUGAACUUCCGGAUGCUUGAGCGCAUCCUGCGGUUCGUGGCCGUCUGGCCAACGGACUAUAAUCCGUAUCUACCGGCACAGCUACGUGGUCGCUACUUUCUUUCGCAUCUACUCGACACCCUUUAUCUGCUGUUUUGGCUCUGCAUCUGUCUGCACAUUGCAACGUUCCACGUCAUCAGCGUCACGACGGUACCGGUGAGCUACGAUGAGCUGUUCCUUGCCCUGAUCACCACCAGCAUCUACUCGAUCAUGGCCGCCCUGUACGGAUAUCUGCGACUGUACGAGCGCAAGGUACGGCAGCUACGUGAGUACUCGGAUCGUCAUUUCCGCCAGCGGUCGGCACCGGGGAUCUACUAUCUGUCCAUCAGCUCCUGCUAUCGCUUCGCCAACUGGUGUCUCGGUUGGUGGUUGAUCUUCUGCAUCCUGGGCACGAUGCACUGGGCCAUCUAUCCGAUUCUAUCACAGAACGGGCAGCUCCCGUUUCCCUGCUGGUAUCCGGUCGAUGUGCAGCGUUCGCCGGUGUACGAGCUGGCUUACAUGUGCCAGGUGCUCGGUCAGCUGCAGGUCAGUCUGGUGUUUGGGCUAGCCGGAGCACUCUUUAUGGUGUACGUCUUCAUCGCCUGCAAUCAGUUCGAUAUGUUGAGCUGCAGUCUGGUCAAUGUGCGCCACACGGCCAUGCUGCUGAACGGUGGCUACGGGGCAGAACUGCGCCAUGCACAGGAUCACUGUUCCGUCGACCUACGGGACUACUUCCUCCAGGAAGCGUUCCUCGAGGAUCUUGAUAAGAUGGCCGACGUGGUGGUCUUGCGCCACACUCAGAGACGCCGAGCGAGAAAGCUCCUGCCGGACGGUCAGCACUAUCUAGCGGAACUGUCGAGUGAACUCACGGUUGCCCUCGAUGACUGCGUUCGCCAUCAUCUGGUGUUGCUUGAGUUCUGCGAGCGGCUCGAGGACUGCUACCAUCCUUACGUGCUGCUGAAGCUGUUCCAGAUACUGCUGCUGCUCUGCUUUCUCGCCUUCAUGGCCACCGUGGAAAGUUUGUCGACAAUGAAGUUAAUUAACGUGCUCGAGUACUUUAUGCUCACGAUGACGGAACUCUAUCUGUACUGCUUCCUCGGCCAGAUCCUGAAGAACCAGGGUCUGAAAGUUGGUGAUGCGCUCUGGAAGUCUCCGUGGCAGCUGUGCGGUGCCUCGUACCGCCGCCGGAUGCUCAUCAUCCUGAUGAAUGCGCAGCGCCCGGUACGUCUGACGGGCUUGAAGCUGUACGAGCUCAACUUGCAGACCUACUACACGGUGUUGCGGGCGGCCUUCUCCUACUACACAAUCAUCAAAAAGUUUCGGUAA